CGACCUCAUCACCAUCGGGCCCUUUGCUUCUUCUGCUUCUUUUUCCAUUGCCAACCUCCCAUGACGCCGCAGCUGCCACCAAUCACCAGGCCCAUCGGCCCUUCCCGGGAAUUUUCCCUCUUAUUGCAAAUUUGUUUCUGUCAUCCGAGCUGCCUUGUCCAACGUUCUUCUCCUCCCCAAUGCGCCGCGAGCAUCUCCUUGCGUUGCAGUCCCUCUCCCUGGCUGGUUUCCAUUUUCAGCGUCCGUCAUCUACUGGAGGACUCGAGUGACACUCAAAUCCCUUUAAUCAUACCCUCUGCCGGACUGCCGCGUUUGCAUCACACCACGUUACGUAUCGUGGGAAAUGGGUGGCCGGGCACCCGCAUGCAGUCGCUGCGGAGCCGCCCCUGGCCAGAUGGCAGUGUGGAAAUGGGCGGGUACCUGGCCUUGUGAGACAUAAUGGGAGAAUUCCGUCAUGAUCAGGGAGGACAAGCGAGGAUCCAGUGUUCUCGUCACCCCGCCGCCCUCCCUGCCCCUCCCACCACCAUCCACGAAGUUGUCGGUCGUUGGGCUGCAAGGUGAGAAUUCCGUGCGCCUGGUAGCCAUGGCAAAGAGGAAAAGGCUCCCGGCCGGAAGAAGUUGGCACACCAAUAGCACGCGCAUAUUAAAAGAUUUAGUCGUUAUCGACGUGGCCUAGGCCUAGUCUGCCUAGUAGAUACAUGAGUACAGGCCUGUUCGGUUCUAGCGGGUUGUCGAGUCUCGAUCUGGCAUGGCCGCUAGAAUCGGGUUCGAGUGUUUCCCAGCUGGUGAAAGGGUACCCCGGUCACUGACAUCAGAGAAAGGUUGACAAGGUUUGAUGCAAGGUCAGGGAUCUCGCAGCGAGCGCCGUCCACUGAGGAAUUAGGUGUUGGAAAACAAGGUUGCGGGGGGAAACAGGGAGCCACACCAUAUUUGGGAGAUCUGCGUGCGUGAUGGAUGGAACCGCAGCUGGCGGGCUGGAAACCUCGAUUGGAGAAGUGCGUAAGGUGCUGCCCGUAGUCGACGUCGUCGUUGACGCGGGAAGGAGCGGUCGGGCGCGGGUUGGACAAGCAACACUCCAUGUGGGCAGCUCCUUCCCGAUCGAGAUUCCAAGGCAGGCAGCUGGGGGUCACUUACACUGGUGCCGUCACCGUGACUUCCAUCUAGCUGCGCACACAAGCCUUCCAUCCGAACGAGAGCUGCGCCCUCGCGUCCAUCGUGCCAGCUCGCGGUCCUUAAAUUCGGCCAGAACCAGACGACGGCACUCGCCCUCCUCCGCUCUCACUUCCUCCUCAGCCACGAACCAGACGCUUGCGACUUGGCUGGAAACCACCACCCGACGAACACAACCUACCCGCAACGUCCCACAAGGUCGCACCUCGCCCGAAUUUAUUUAACCACCCUCCCGCCCACAACACCUUUCCUCGCCUCCUCCCACAACAUUGGAUUCGACUCACCCGCUCACUCUCGGUUUUCCACCUGGCCUCUGCCUGUUGCGCCACCUUCGGUCGUGAUUCAACCCAGCAAACCUACACCUGACUUAGCGACCGCACUUUGGAGUUCAAGCUUCCAUCUUCCGUUUGCGACAAUGAUUUCCAACAUGAAGAUCACUUCCCUGGUUGUCGGCACCCUGGCCGCCGUUGCCGGAGCCCAGGACAUGUCGGCAUUCCCCCAGUGCGCCCAAUGGUGUAUCAACAGCAUGCAGCAGGCCAACAAGUCGCAGGAGCUUGGAUGUGCCGCCAACGACGCUGCAUGCGCCUGUCGCAACCAGAACUUCCUCUACGGUGUCAGGGACUGCUCAGCUCAGCUGUGCGCCAGCUUCGACACUGCUGGUCAGGCCAUUGGCUUCGCGAACGAGUACUGCCGCAACCAGGGAGUUGAUCUGAGUACCGUUACUACCGGCCUUCCUUCUCAGUUUACCAACACCAACAUGCCCACUGGCUCUGGAACUGGUACUGGAGCCGGCACCGCCGGCGGCUCGCAGUCUACCGGCGCCACUUCGACCAUGAUCUCUACGGCCACCGGGUCCAGCAGCGGAACUGCCGUUUCUGUCUCGUCUGCCACAUCCACUGUUCCCAUUGUCAGCACCGUGACCACGGACGGAUCCACUUUCUCGACCACCGUUGGCUCCUCGACCCUGACCACGCAGACGACUGCUGCUGCUGGUACCACCGGCGGCGGCAACGGCGGCACCACCGGCGGCAACGGUGGCACCACCGGCGGCAACGGAGGUGCCACGACUAGUUCGAACCCCAACUACGCUCCGCAGAUGACUGCUGCCCCCGCCGGCCUCCUGGCUGCCGCUAGUGUCGCUGUCUUCCUUCUCUAAAUGGGGAACUGAGGGCGGCUUCUUCUUUCAUUUGACCAUGCUCGGAACGACGGCGUAUGACGAGGCUUUAAUACCCACUUUACCUACCUUCUCACCUACCUAAUAUCCUCGGUACCUCUCUGAGCAUACCACUGCAUUUCCCCCGAGCACGAUGGUUCAUUCCGGUAUCAUGCGCUGGCCGAAGCAGCAAGCAGAGGCGGUUCGUUUGGCUCAUGGGCAAAGUUUUCAUCGGGUUUGAGUUUGAUGUUCAAGUGAGCGCAAGGCGAAACCAAGGACUGUUUAAUGGAAUAUCGGCGUUGGCGACGGUGCAUUGGACUUUUUGGAGGAUUCAUGGAUCAACCGGAAAGGACACAUCUUCAGGAGGUUUUUGAUGACUAUGUUCUCGAUGUUCUUUUUGCUCUCAGCCAGGUUUUUUCCUCUUCUGACUUUUCUGCAGCUCGACUAGGGAAAUACAACAAUCCAGUCCAUAGAAGAACUAAAUCGGAGCUUUACUACUUUUAGACUGA